CCGUCUGCAUCGAUCCACAUCUCCAGUGAGAGAAUCAAUCGGAUCUACUGGAGUUUAUUAAUGAAGGUCAACACAUGAGUUCACUAGAGUUUUAUGGAUGGACAGACACAUGCUGGAUAUACAGAUCGCGUUUCUCUGAUUACCGAGUCUUACACACCAGCGAUGCGUCUUAACAAACAUUAUAUUACAUGUAACAGACACUGAAGCCAAAUAUUUACUGGAAUAUAGAUUUACACUUCAUUUCAGUACGGACAAACUCAGGAGAACAGUGUUGAAGUGAAGGACACAAACUGAGGGAUAUGUUUUCAAUAUCGCUCAUUUCAUUACUUUAAUAAUCAUAUUUCAGCAGUGUUAUACAUCAUGGCUGGACACGGAUGGUGGAAAUAUUAUAUGUGGAUUUAUAUCUUCACCUACAGGUUUAUAUUAUCAUCAGCCAAAUCACUGGACACCAUCAUCUGGAGCUCUCAAAACCUCAAGUUCCAGAAGGGCAAAGGUCUGGUGAUUUUUCCUGAUAUCGGGGAUAAGUUGGAUAUUAUCUGUCCUAAAGCAGACAUGAGCCACCCGUACGAGUAUUAUAAGCUGUAUCUGGUAAAAAAGGAUCAGGCGAAGGACUGCAGUACUGUUCUGGAUCCAAAUGUGCUGGUCAACUGCAACAAACCAGAGAAGAAUAUCAAAUUCACCAUCAAAUUCCAGGAGUUCAGUCCAAACUACAUGGGCCUGGAGUUCAAGAAGAACAUCAAUUACUACAUCACCUCCACGUCAAACGGCUCCUUGGAAGGCUUGGAGAAUCGUGAGGGAGGCGUCUGCAAAACUCUCUCUAUGAAGGUUAUCAUGAAGGUUGGACAGGACCCAAAUGCAGUAGAACUAGAGCCACAGCAGACUGAGCGGCCGAUGCUUGAAGCAGGUACUGAUGUUCCCUCUGACACAUACCACAACAGAACGCCAGGAGCAGCAAACUCAGACACGAUUAAUCAAAAUCCCAGCGACAGUGAUGAUGGCAUUCUGGGGUCUAAGAUCGCUGUGUUCUCUGUCAUCGGUGCUGGUUGCGUCAUCUUUCUCAUCCUCAUAAUUUUCCUGGUCAUUCUGCUCAUCAAGAUUCGCAAGCGCUCACGGAAGCCCACGCAGCCCCGAUCGACCGCCCUGAUGCUCAGCACCCUCACCAACCCCAAGAUGAUGGGCAAUGCUGGCUCCGAGCCCAGUGACAUCAUCAUUCCAUUACGGACAGAAAACAAUUACUGCCCGCACUAUGAGAAAGUGAGCGGCGAUUGCGGUCAUCCGGUCUAUAUCGUACAGGAAAUGCCGCCACAAAAUCCGACCAACAUCUACUACAAGGUAUGAAGCUUCAUGAGAGCUGUUGGGAGAUCCAGUAGAGAAGAUAAUUUUUAUUUCACAGACUCUGAUAUUAAGAAGUCCAUAAAUGUUUACCAGAACACAAACAAUCGACAGAAAACCACAGGACAAAACAGAGUGACAGUUGUUUUUUGGCUAUAGGCUGAAUGUUGGAGAUGGUAACCUCAGUCUCUCUCUCUCUCUCUCUCUCUCUCUCUCUCUCCUGGAACCAUUUAAAUAAGUUUCCUGUAUAUUGUGCAACCAUUAGAGCGUUUUUCAUUUCAAGCAGAUCCUUUAGUUUCAAAAAAGCCCUCAGGUGUAAAUUCAGCCUUUUCACACUCAGGUAACAGGGCACAAGAUGACAAAUAAUGGCAAUUGUCCCUUCUCACAUCUGUAAUAUUUGCCUUACUAUUUUUAAACAAAUUCUUGCUCUUUCUCAUAAAGAUUCAUUUGCAUAAAGAUUAAUUUUGCUUAAGGGUGUUUUAUAGUGUGUGUAUUAAAUAUAAUAAUGAACAUUUCUCUUAUCUAUGUCAGAUUCAUCUCUGUGUUUUAUUAUGUAUAUUGAUAAUUGGGCCCUUGUGUUAUCUAACUUAACCAGCAGUUACUGCAGGCCAAGAGAUCCGAACACUUGGAGCUCAUUCGGAGGGUUUCUAGGGGCAGUUCAUCCGAAAAUGAAAAUUAUGUUUUAAUUUAAUUACCAAACCUUUUUGACUUUUUUCUUCCAAGAAAAACAAAAGGAAAAAUGUUGGAGAGUGUCCAAGCUUCACUUUACCAAACAAUGAAAGUGAAUGGGGACUGGGGCUACUACAUUUACAUUUACAUUUAUGCAUUUGGCAGACGCUUUUAUCCAAAGUGACUUACAGAGCCCUUAUUACAGGGACAGUACCCCUGGAGCAACCUGGAGUUAAGUGCCUUGCUCAAGGACACAAUGGUGGUGGCU